GGUUGUUUGAACUUCUGAUCUAGCUUUGAGAGGCAGUGUACGGUGGCCCAGUCUUUCCCCUUCUGUCACUCUGCCUUUCAUAUAAACAAAGAGUUUUUUUAAAGUAACUUGCUCAGAGCUAUGUAGGAUGGGGGUGGCGUUGUGGUGCAGUGAGCUAAGUGGCUGCCUGCAGUGCCAGCGCCACCCCCUGUGCCAGAACAUGGGGUUCAAGUCCUGGCUGCUCUGCUUCCAACCCAGCUGCUUACUAAUGUGCCUGGGGUGGCAACAGAGGACAGCGAACGUGCUUGGGCCCCUGCCACCCACAUGGGAGACCUGGAUGGAGCUCCAAGCUUCUGGCUUCAGCCUGGACCAGCCUGAGCCGUUAUGGCCAUUUGGGGAAUGAACCAGCAGAAGAAAGAUCUCUCUGCGUCUCAUUCUGCCUUUCACAUCAAGAACCCUUUAUUUUAAAAAAGCUACCUGGGAUGGUAGAAAUGGAGUGUGCUUUCUGUGCUAGGCUCACCGAACGCCUCACUUCAUCUUCCCGAUGGCCACCUGGUGCAGGUGCCAUUAACGGCCCCAUCUGCGAGCUUCAGAGAGAAGUGGAGCGAGCAGGGUUCUGUUGGGGCUCCGAGGCCACGGGCACAAUGCUCAGGGUCCUGGUGGGGGCCGUCCUCCCUGCCAUGCUGCUGGCCGCCCCCCCGCCCAUUAACAAGCUGGCGCUGUUCCCGGACAAGAGCGCCUGGUGCGAGGCCAAGAACAUCACCCAGAUUGUGGGCCACAGCGGCUGCGAGGCCAAGUCCAUCCAGAACAGGGCCUGCCUGGGACAGUGCUUCAGCUACAGCGUCCCCAACACCUUCCCACAGUCCACAGAGUCCCUGGUGCACUGUGACUCCUGCAUGCCCGCCCAGUCCAUGUGGGAGAUUGUGACCUUGGAGUGUCCUGGCCACGAGGAGGUGCCCCGGGUGGACAAGCUGGUGGAGAAGAUCUUGCACUGCAGCUGCCAGGCCUGUGGCAAGGAGCCCAGUCCCGAGGGGCUGAGCGUCUACGUGCAGGGCGAGGACGGGCCCGGCGCCCAGCCUGGCGGGCAGACCCCCGAGCCCGAGGAGCCCCCAGGCGCCCCCCACACUGAGGAGGAGGGGGCGGAGGACUGAGGCCCCCGACUCUCCCUCCCCUCCCCACCGGGACCCCCUGUGGAAUGCUGGAUCUCACCCCCUCCUGGGGAAGAGUGAGGGCAGAGGCUGAAGCCCCCCUUUGGCACUGGAUGGACUUGGAUUCGGACUUGGACUUGGACUGCUGCCUGGUUGCUGUGGAGAUCUGCAGGGGAGGGGUGGAGCCAGGCUGCACAAUUUAAUAUAUUCACGGGUGGGGGGAGGAAGCAAGGUCCUGUGGGGUCUUUAUUUGCGGGGGGGUCCUCUUGCUUUCUGCCUUCUAGAGGUGUGCUCCUGGGAGGGGGAGGAGGGGGUCCCCAAGAUGGAGCACAGGCUAAGGCCCAAGCUCUCGGUGGGCAGGGUCCUGGGGGUGCAGAUGGUGUAACGGGGGUGGGGUAGGGCCCCUGAACGAGGGUGGGCACUGUGCCCGCAUCUACCCUGACUUUGGAAGCUCCAGCCCUGCCCCCGGGUUUCCUGAGCCCUGUGGCUCCCUUCACCCCCGGGGAAGUCCCUCCCAUGUGCGCAGGUGCCUCCCUCGCUGGGGGGUUUGGGAGUCAGGCCCGGGCAGGGCCCAGCUGACUCAGCGGCCCCAGAACCGGGCACCAGGCUUUCUGGCCUUUCUCCGGCUUCCUGGGUUGGCCUGGUGCUCGGGGUGGGGAGAGCAGGCAAAGAUGGACCCUCCCUGGGCCAGGGAGGAGCGCACCCCACCCUCUUCACCUUGGGGAUCUGGCCCCUCCCACUGCCCUCCAAGUCCGAAGGCCUCGGGAAGCUCCAUCCUCUCCGGGAGGCAGGUGGGGGGCAGAGGGUGGCCUGCCUUGGGUUGGGGAGGGGCGAGCCUGGCUGAGCCUGAGGCACUGCAGUGUGGGUGCUGGGGCUGACGUCUCUGCAACCCCCACCCCGCCACCCCUGGCUCCCAGCUGCACUUUAACCUCCGGAGUGGGGUGGGACCCGGGGCCAGGAAGAAAGUGCCUUUGUCCCAGCACUGCGUGUGCCCAGGGCGAUGCUGGUCGCCGCCCCCGCCCCGUGCUGGACCUUGUAGCCAGUAGAUAGACGCCACCUGACAGCUCUGCGCCUCCUUGGCAAUAAACCCCUUCCACACCUGC